AAAAAAAAAAAAACACUUACUUCAGUUAUUUAUAAAACUGCCAUCUGAUUUAAUUUCAAAAAAAAAAAAAAAAAAAAACUGCCAUCUGUAUUUACAAAAAUUCAACAAAUUUGUGAGGAUUUUUAGGCAUUUCUCGCUAGUCUAGGGUUUUGCAUCCAACUGCUUCAAUUGACCUUUCUUAACUGCAAUUGAUUUCAUAUUCCCAUUUCUGCAUUUCUCCGCAUUCAAAAAUAGAAAUUCUGCAUUAAAUGAACAUGCAGAAGAAGGUUUGUUUUGAGACAAAUUCAGAUAGAAUUUCCAACUUACCAGAGCACAUCAGAAGAGAAAUACUUUCAUAUCUGUCAACAAGGGAUGCAGUUCGAUCAAGCAUUUUAUCGAGCAGUUGGCGGGCAUUAUGGAUUGAACUCCCAAUUUUGAACUUGGGUGAGUUUCACUUUCAGCUUGAUAGAUUUUUGAAUGGUGUUAAUUUACCUUGUGAUGACAACAAUGAUGCUGCUAUAAUCAUGGAAAGGGAGUCAAUCGCUAGAAAAAGGGAAGAGUUUUAUAGGUUUCUUGAUCGAACUCUCGAAUCGAGGUCGUCGGAUUUGGAAAUGCUUAAAUUAUAUAUGCCUUAUUAUGGGUUGGAAUUGAAAUCUCGCUUGGAUCAUUGGCUUGAUUGUGCUGUUAAUUGUCAUGUCAGAUAUUUGAAUUUGGAAAUUGGCGGGAAUAAAAAUAAUCCUAGAUAUAGUUUGCCUAAGCGUGUACUGAGUGUCAAUUCAAUCACAAAACUGAAAUUGACAGGAUGUGAUCUUGAUUCUGCUUCGUUGUCGAAUACCCAGUUGCCUACCCUGAAGAAGCUAAAUCUUCACAAUGUGUACUUAGAUGAGGGAGUUAUGGAACAUCUAGCUAAUAGUUUCCCUAAUAUUGAGGAUUUCACCUUCAAACAUUGUCAUGGGUUGACAAGACUUGAGCUCUUUAAUUUUGCAAAACUUGUAAAAGUUGAUGUUGAGGUUGAUGCUAAGAAGUUCGAAGCGAUUGAGAUUGAUGCACCCAAUCUUUUGGAGUUCACUUAUGUGAAUGAAGGUUUCUUGGACUAUGACUUUGAGUUAUGGGACGUUGAGGUUUCAGCUUGUAAGAACAUGAAACGUCUGAAAUUAGUUGGCGCUCCAUUAGACGAUUUUGAUCUAAGUUUGCUUCUUGAAGGCCUUCCAGUCCUUGAAGAGUUGUUUCUGUAUCAGUGCAAUAGUAUACGAGAUAUUUGUAUUUCAUGUCCAAAGCUGGUCCAGUUGGAGUUUGAGCAUUGCCUAGAUUUGUUAACUGUUGUACUUGAGACUCCCAACUUAAAAAUCUUUCACUAUGCCGAAGAUGAUCCUCUUAUAUCUCUCAAAUCCAAGGGUUCUGCUCUGAAAUUGACAGAGGUUAGCAUGUACCUAAAGCCUGAUGUCAAAGUUGACAAGUGGUUUGUUAACUUAAUCAAGGGCCUCGCAACGCUAGGCCACUGUGAACGCUUUUCAAUCUCUAUUAGUUUUGAAGAGGAUCUUAUAGUUCCAGAAAAAGUGAGGAUCAAGUCUCGGCCUCCCCUCCAUCACGUCAAGCAUUUGAUGGUGGAGCUUCGUGCAUCUUUUAUAAAGCGUACCCCUGUCAAAUUUAUCGAGGCUCUUCUGUGGCUUGCACCUCGUCCAGAGUCUAUAUCUAUAUAUAAUGACUUUAUUCCAGUUCUGAAAGUGCUGAAGGGGGAUCACGGUGAGGUGGUAGAAUGUGUUGAUAUCUACAGCCAGCCAGCUUUGAGACAUCCGCUUCUCAGGGAUCACAAGAUACAGAUGAAUCCUGUUUCAUUGUCUAGCAAGACGGAACAAAGCAACUCUUCACCGCAGCUGAUGCAGCAUUGGCAUAAGAACGAUAUGUGCGCUGUAGGUACUGUUCCUAUCACUCGAAGGAGGAAAGUCCUAGACGUUCCAUCCUUGAAUGAAUCAUCUGACGCAAGACAAGUCCCUCAUUAUGAGUUUGCCAAAGUUCAUCAUACAUUGUUGCGUUCGAAUGGUGGUUCACGGCUUUAUGGGGGAAGCGCUUUACUGAGCAUAUGGGAACCUGUUGUAACAAGACCAUCAGACUUGAGUGCAUCUUCAAUGAUAGUUAGCAUAACUCCAGGGGUUUUUCUUGAGGCUGGUUGGAUUGUGUAUCCUAAGCGUUAUGGUGAUUCUCGGCCUAGACUUUUCAUAUAUUGGACGAUAGACAAUAACUUGAACAGAUGCUGGGAUAUGGAUUGUGAUGGUUUUGUUCAAGUCAACAACACAGUUGCCCUGGGCAGCCCCUUGGAAGAAGUCUCUACCAUAAGCGGUGUCAAGCAUGUAUUCAGAUUAACAAUUCACCAGGAUGGCUUGACUAAAAAUUGGUGGCUUAGACUUGGAGGCAGUCAAAUAGGAUACUGGCCUGCGUCCCUUUUCCCAUCGAACAUAGACGACGGAGCUGAGGGACUAGAAUGGGGUGGAGAAGUGUUCGAUUCGAUAGGAAAGGGCGAGCACACUGAAACUGAUAUGGGUAACGGAUUAUUUCCCAACUCAGACAACGCGAGCUAUGUGUGUGCACUUAGAUAUGUUGAUGAAUCAUUGAUGCUCCAGAUUCCAGACAUGUCAAUGCUAAGAGUUUUAGUCACUAAUCCUAAGUGUUAUAAUGCCAGAAUCAUUCCUAUCACAGAUGAAGCGCGAGGUCCUUGCUUUUUGUAUGGCGGUUCUGGUCUAAAUCCAGAGUGUCCAUAAGUUUGUAAUAGUGUCAGCUUUCAAGACUGUGUG